AUGACAAAUAGUAGGGAAGAACAGGUUCAUUCGCUGCGGGAUUCGUUGAACAAAUGGAAUGAAUCGCGGACUCAGCAUUCGCAAGGAUUUAAUGAGUCUGCGAAGACUUUGCUGUCAUCAUGGGCAGAUUCGGUGAAUACAAGGGCCCAAGACGUUUACCAAAGGCUACCGUUGUCAAGGCAGGACUUGGUGCAAGAUCAAGAACCUUCAUGGUUCAAUUUAUCGCGAACUGAGAGACUUAUUUUGUUCGUGUGCUUCAUACUGGGCUCGAUUGCAUGUUUUACCAUCUGCGUCUUUUUGUUUCCAGUGCUAGCAGUGAAACCUAGGAAAUUUGGGCUGUUAUGGUCGAUGGGAUCUUUGCUCUUUGUGCUUGCUUUUGGUCUGUUUAUGGGUCCUGUAGCAUAUCUCAAGCACUUGACUUCACGAGAAAGACUGCCUUUUAGCAUAUUUUUCUUCACUACUUGUAUUUUGACCAUAUAUUUUGCAGCUUUCAUGAAGAGCACUUUAUUAACCGUUCCCUGUGCGAUAUUGGAAUUGAUCGCGUUGGUCUAUUAUGCGAUCUCAUACUUUCCAUUCGGUGGUACUGGUUUGAAGAUGAUGAGUUCCGUUGGUAUUAAUACUGCCAGAGGGGCACUACACAUAUAG